AGGCUGUAGUAAGCAGAUGAUAACGGAAGGAUUAAAAUUUAUUAUACUCGUAGUGUAAACAUCAACUUGGUACCAGGUAAUAAUCUCAACGUUCAACCUCAACACAUCUGCAAUCUUAUACCACAAAAAUGUUCGGCGGACGUAGGUUUUUUCAUCCGAUACUAUAUGCGAGCUUUUCUAACUUCAAUUUUAGCACCACCACAACCAUCCCCUGCCGAACUUAAGGCUCAAGAGGAAGAGGCUACUCUUACUGUGCAACGAGUCAUUACAUGGUCUAUUCUUCUUUACCUCUGUAUGUCUUGCUCUUUUCCUAUUACUACCAUAUGUGUGCUGACUUUAAUAUAGCACCUUUCGCUGUUAAGAGCAUCCAAAACCUCAUCUAAGGAUGCAAAUGAAUAAUGCAUCACGACGACCUGUACAAUAUGACCGCACGAGAAGCUAAGGGUAUAUAAUAGUACUGGGGCAAACCAUGGAUAUAAUGGACAACUGCUGCACAUAUAAUUUUGCUGGCAUUGGCAUUUAGUUCUUUCUCUAUUGUGCAAAGAGUACAAGAUUGAGAAUCGAGAGAGGAUCAUAGAUAUACUGCAAGCAUAGAAGAGGACUUUAGAAAAGUGUCUUUAAUCUUCAAGGCAUUUAAACAUACCAAGCUGAAAGAUACUACCAAAAUGAAGUCGAACAUUAAGAAGAAC